AUGAUCAGAGACUGCAGACAUAAUACAGGAGAUGGUCAGAGAAUGCAGACAUAAUACAGGAGAUGGUCAUAGACUACAGAUAUAACACAGGAGAUGGUCAGAGACUGCAGGCAUACUACAGGAGAAGAUCAGAGUCUGCAGACUUACUACAGGGGAUGGUCAGAGACUGCAGGCAUACUACAGGAUAUGGUCAGAUACUGCAGACAUACUACAGGAUAUAGUCAAAGACUGCAGACUUACUACAGAGGAUGGACAGAGACUGCAGGUAUACUACAGGAUAUAGUCAGAGACUGCAGA